AAUAUUAACCUGACGAUGAAAAGACGCGAGAUAAGAAACAGAAAAAAUCCGUUAAAAAUCCCCUUUUGGGGAAUCUUCAGCUUCCCCAGCGGCAGGCAAGCGCGGCGGCACCGCGGCAGCCUCCUCCCUCCCUCCCCCGCUCUUCCUUCUGCCUGCGCCUACCCCUGCCCGGCGCAUCCGGCACGGAUCUCCGCCUCUUCCGCCAUGAUGGACCUGGAUCCCCGCCUCUACGAGAACGUCUCUGUCAGCGAUAAUGAUGUCCGCAACAUAGUGCUGUCUUAUCUUAUGCACAACUGUUUUAAGGAGACUGCUGAGACAUUCUUAUCCAGCACUGGUUUGGAACUACCUGUUGAUUACACUGUGGAUGUAGAUAAGCGUAAAGCGAUUUUCAGUUUUGUGUUGGAAGGCAAUGCCCUGAAGGCUAUAGACCUGACAGAAGAGUUGGCACCUAACUUGCUAGAGAAUGAUAUGGAUUUGCAUUUUGAUUUGUUAAGUCUUCAUUUCAUUGAGUUAGUUCGUUCUAGAAAAUGCACAGAAGCUCUUGAAUUUGGUCAGAAAAGGUUGACACCAUUCGGAAAAGUGCCCAAGUACGUUGAAAAGCUAGAGGACUUUAUGGCCCUCCUAGCUUAUGAAGAGCCUGAGAAGUCACCUAUGUUUCAUCUACUAAGCCCAGAGUACAGGCAGAAUGUUGCAGAUAGCUUGAAUCGGGCUGUUCUAGCACAUGCUAAACGACCAGCAUAUUCAUCAUUGGAGAGAGUGAUACAACAAGCGACUGUGGUUAGACAAUACCUACAGCAGGAAGUUGGCAAGGAUUCUUACCCGCCAUUUUCUUUGAAGGCCUUUCUGAACAAGUAAGGCGCAACCAGUCAAUCGCUAGGAAGAUCACCUUCAGGCUUCCAGGCCUAUGGACACCAGAGCUCCCUUCAGAAUGUGUAAACAACACUGUAGUUUACACGGUUGCGUGAAAGCAAGCGACAGGAUGCACAUAUUAUUUCAGAAAACCGCCUUCUGGAUUAAACUGUUCCACCAGUGGUGUACCAACAAUAUCAUCUGCGUCGAAAGAAGAAUGUUGUACAACUGUUGUUUCCUCGGUUAAAGUUUUUCCAUUUCCCCUUUUACCCGUUAGAUGACAUCAAAUAUGUACAUAUCGGAACUUGAGCUGUUAUGUAUGUUCGUGCAGAGAUAUCGUCAGUUUGAGCAAGUCUGGUGUGCACUUGUUGCUAUGCCUGAUGCUUGGUCUCUACAAAAAUAUUGAUGUGUUUUAUGGCGUCCAUUUCACCAUAUCAACUGUUCGAUUCAACCGAAAAGAUGAAAGCAAAGCAGAGAAAGUGACAAUACGAUGUGAAGAAAAUAUUCUCGAAAUUUUCUUAGAAUCCAAAAAAAGAGAGAACAAGAGUCCCAACUUCUUUAGUUCUCCAUCGUGAACGCUGGGAAUCAGGAAAGGCGAGAGCGAGCGGUGGCAACAACAAAAAAAAAUUGCUUCUUUCCGGCGUCUGACCUAGGUGAGCGAAUCGAGUUCUUCCCCAAGUAGUAGUAGCUUUCGUGUUUCUUGAGCCGUUCACGCUGCGGUGGCUGCCAGCUGCUCUGUGAAAUUGCGACGGUUCUUCUUGCUCUGUCUCUAGCCCUCGUUUUACCGGUUCCUCUAUAAAUAGGCAGAGGUGAGUGCUUCCUGCCGUAACAGCAAGCUCAUCAAUUGGCACCCGCUGGUAAAAAAAAAAGGGGGCUUGAUUCUCUCUGUCAGCUUCCUGUGCUUCUGUUUGGGCCACGGAACAUGAACUUUAAAGGAAUGAAUGCGAAGAAUCCGAUACCGGUCGGACCAUGGGGAGGGUUGGGAGGAACCACUUGGGACGAUGGCGUGCAUUCCACGGUGCGACAGAUCGUGAUCACUCACGGCACAGCCAUUGAUUCCAUCAAGAUCGAGUAUGACCUGAAAGGGAAGUCAAUCUGGUCAGAGAAGCAUGGAGGUGAUGGAGGCACCAAAAUUGAUCAGGUGAAACUAGACUACCCUCAAGAAAUCCUCACGUCCGUCAGCGGCUACUACGGAUCGCUGGGAGGCUGCGUCGUCGUAAGAUCGCUGACAUUCGGGAGCAAUCUGUCCAAAUACGGGCCUUUCGGCGCCGAGCAAGGGACGCCCUUCUCGCUCCCGGUGGCGAUCACCGGCAAGGUCGUCGGCUUCCAUGGGAGAUCCGGGUGGUUCCUCGACUCGAUCGGCUGCCAUUUCAAGAAGGAGAAGAGCACCGGACCGUCGUCCAACGCUGCUCCGUCGGCUCUCAGGAGCAUCACGAGGCCGCACGACAGAAACGGCAACCGGUACGCGGACAGCGACGCCGGGUACGACAUGGUUCUUGCCGUGAGAGAUAGAGGUGACAGCUACAGUGUCCUGACGAGCAACAGCCCGAAACAGCAGUAUCCUAACCCAUCACAGGAUGCUACUCUCUGGAACAAGAUGGUUGCAUUGCCUAGCUUCUACUCGGAUAAUGGGACCAUGACCAUAAGCACUCCGGUGAGAUUUGGUCCCUGGGGUGGAAAUGGCGGCACCAUCUUCGACGACGGCAUAUGCACCGGCGUCCGACAAAUCAAUUUAACGCGAGGAUUGGGCAUAUCGUCGAUGAAGGUCCUCUACGAUCGAAAUGGACAGGCUAUAUGGGGUGAUAAGCGUGGAGCCAGUGGUGCAGCAAGAGCUGAGAAGGUUGUGUUCGACUUUCCAUCAGAGAUCCUGACUCACAUAACCGGUUACUUCGGCCCUACGAUGAUCAUGGGAUCAACGGUGAUCAAGUCUCUGACAUUCCACACGACGAAGAAGAGCCACGGGCCAUUCGGGGAUGAGAAUGGCACGUUCUUCUCAAGCUGCCUGACUGAAGGUAGGAUAGUAGGGUUCCAUGGCAGGGAAGGAUGGUACAUCGACAGCAUUGGAGUUCAUGUUCUUGAAGGCAAAGUGCUGUCACAGAGAACUGACAGGGCACUGACCGAAACGAGCCCUUCUCGACACGCCGAUAUGCUUGCAGUAGCACAGAGGGAAAUAGGAGAUGAGGUUACAUACGGUGUGGUGAAAGAGCCAAUACCAGUAGGGCCAGGGCCUUGGGGUGGUGAAGGAGGCAAGCCAUGGGACGACGGCGUGUACACAGGCGUCAAGCAAAUCUACAUCAUGAGAGCCGAUUUCAUCGGGUCUGUGCAGAUUGAGUACGACAGGAGUGGGCAAUCCAUCUGGUCCACAAGGCACGGCAAUGGUGGCCAGAUAACACACAGAAUCAAGCUGGACUACCCACACGAAGUCCUGACCUGCGUAUACGGCUACUACAACACCUGUCCGGAGGAAGGGCCGAGAGUCCUGAGGUCGAUCACUCUCGUCAGUAGCCGGGGCAAGUACGGGCCGUUCGGCGAGGAGAUCGGAACCUACUUCAGCUCGGCCACCACGGAAGGGAAGGUGGUAGGGUUCCAUGGCCGGAGCGGCCAGUACCUGGACGCCAUUGGGGUGCACAUGCAGCACUGGCUGGGUGACAGGAACAGAGCUGCUGCACCCAGUUCUAAGUACUACAUCUCCAAGUACCUGUUUUAAGGCUUCGAUCUCUGAUGAUGCCGUGACGGUUGGCUCCAAUAUAGAGGCGUCCUUAAUUUCUUUUUGUAUUUUGAAGCAACACUUUCAGAGUGAUGUUUGAUUGUUUGUUUAAGUGGAAAGCUCAUUGCAGAAUUAGGAGUUCUGCAAUGCGCGUGAUCAACUGACCUGUUUGUCCCGGUCAUUUUUCUAAUCUCUCUUGUCUUGAGGAGCUAGCGGUGGAGUAUUCAGAAUUUUUCUGGUUUAGUGUGUAAACGUAAAAUAUUUUCUAAUCUUUCUUAUCGAGAAAAAUCAGAAUGUAUGUGAUUUACGUGUCUGGGUUGGGAGAUUCGGUUCUCUCCGGCAAUGGAAUUGUU